GUAGGUUAGCUAUAUCCUUGAUAACAACCCCUCUAACUGAAUCACAAACCAUGCAUACACCUCACUCUUUAAUGCGCCUCUCGCUUAACCUACGCCUCCUGCUUGAUCUCUGACACACAACACUUUCUCACACACCACAAACACCCAAAAACACACACUACCACCAUUGCUUGCUUGUUGCAGUUGCAGAAGUGAAAUUAAUGCAAUGAAUCACUUCUCUCCACUCAUACAACUUUAUCUGCAAGCUUAAUUGCACUGUACCUACACUCUCUGAUCUACAUUUUCACUAUACAAACCCUACUAUAUGUCACUACAUCAUAAUCGCAUAAUCUCCAGUUACUUCAUCGCCGUUGUUGAUUUGAUCUCCGAUCUGGCUCCGUCGUGCAUUUCGCCGUUGCGGUUUCCGUUUCGAACCGUUAGGUUACGGAAACGAUGAAUCUGUUGUGAUGUGUUGCUCCGGUAUUGUUUAGAGAUCGUUGCAUUUGGUGAUUUUAGGUUAAGGAAAAGAUGAAUCCGUUGUGUUGUAUUGCUCCGGUCUCGAUUGAGAAGGAUCGGACUGGUUCACCAGUGUCUGGAGUUGAGAAACGGCAGUUGGAGAGUCAGUUAGGGUUUGAGAGUUCGGUGAGGAGUGUGAAACCGGCAAGCUUUUCAGCUCAGGUGUCGUCUGUCGGCACUGAAUCGGAGAAUGUGAUUCAUGAGGUGGAGGAUUGUGAGGUUGAAGUGAGGGAGAAGGAAUCUUCGGUUUCGAAACCGGUGGUUUUUGGUGGAAAUGGUGGUGGUGUUGUGGCUGGGAUAUUGUAUAAAUGGGUGAACUAUGGUAAAGGAUGGAGAUCUAGAUGGUUUACAUUGGAGGAUGGAGUGCUGUCUUAUUACAAAACUCAUGGACCGGAUAAGAUCGUGCUCAGUCCGGGGAGAGAGAAAGGGUUUAAGGUCAUCGGAGAUGAAUCGGUUAGGUACAUGAGGAAAUGCAGUAACGGCAGCAGUCAUAAUCGAUUUGGAUCGAAACAAUGGAAGCCAUACGGAGAGAUACAUUUGAAGGUGUCAUCUGUAAGAGCAAGCAAGUCAGACGACAAAAGACUGUCUAUAUUUUCUGGAACAAAAACUCUUCAUUUAAGGUGCAUAUCUAGAGAAGAUAGACAUGCAUGGAUUGAGUCCCUUUUAGCUGCUAAGGAUAAAUUCCCAAGGUUAUCUACAGGGGAUCUUGUUCCUUCAGAAGAGUUGGUUAUUUCAACCGAAAAAUUACGAUCCAGAUUAUCACAAGAAGGAAUGGCAGAGGAAGUAAUCAAGGAUUGUGAAUCAAUUAUGUUGAGUGAACUCACCGCCCUGCAAAACCAAAUGAAGGCUCUUCAACAUAAACAUAUAGUUCUCCUAGACACAUUAAGACAGUUAGAGACUGAGAAAAUCGAGCUGGAAACAACUGUGGUUGAUGAAACAAAAGAGAGGGAUUCUUCUUGUGGGCAAGAUAGAAGAUUCAGUGAUUUCUAUUCUAUCAUGUCAGAAGGCAGUGGAACCGAUUCAGAUGCCGACAACGAAAGCCGAUACGGAGUAGACAUUGAAUCAGAUGAAGAAAACGGGACUUUCUUUGACACAAAUGAAUUCAUGUCAGCUGAUGUUUUAAGAUGUGCUUCCUAUCGAAGUAGAGAAAAUUCCGGAACAAAUGAAAAGGAGUCUUUCUUAUCGGGUCAAGCUGGAACUGAAAUUAAUUUGAUUCAGUAUCCUCAUAUUACAAGAAGGGACAGUUUACCUGAACCAAAGGAAAAAGAAAAACCGGUUGGAUUAUGGUCUAUUAUCAAAGAUAACAUUGGAAAGGAUUUAUCAGGUGUUUGUCUUCCUGUUUAUUUUAAUGAACCGCUUUCUUCAUUACAAAAAUGCUUUGAGGAUUUGGAGUAUUCUUGUUUGGUUGAUCGAGCAUUGGAAUGGGGAAAGCAGGGGAAUGAUUUGAUGAGAAUAUUAAGCAUUGCGGCUUUUGCUGUUUCUGGUUAUGCAUCGACAGAAGGUAGACAAUGCAAACCCUUCAAUCCUCUUCUUGGCGAGACCUAUGAAGCAGAUUAUCCAGAUAAGGGCCUACGUUUCUUUUCGGAAAAGGUGAGUCACCACCCUAUGAUUGUCGCAUGCCACUGUGAGGGCAGAGGUUGGAAAUUUUGGGCAGAUUCCAAUCUUAAGGGAAAAUUUUGGGGGCGUUCUAUACAACUCGAUCCUGUGGGUGUCCUUAAACUGCAGUUUGAAGACGGUGAAACAUUUCAGUGGAGUAAAGUAACCACCUCUAUAUACAAUAUUAUCCUUGGUAAAAUUUACUGUGAUCAUUACGGUACAAUGAGAAUCACGGGUAGCGGUAAAUAUUCUUGCAAACUCAAGUUCAAGGAGCAAUCGAUUAUAGACAGAAAUCCGCAUCAGGUUCAUGGGUUUGUGCAUGACAACACAACACGAGAAAAGGUUGCUAUGUUAAUAGGAAAAUGGGAUGAAGCUAUGUACUAUGUACUAGGAGAUCCAACAACAAAACCAAAAGGAUAUGAUCCUAUGACAGAAGCCGUGUUAUUAUGGGAAAGAGAUAAAUCCGCUACUAAGACAAGAUAUAAUCUCACACCAUUUGCGAUAUCUUUGAAUGAAGUUACACCUGGUUUAAGGGAGAAAUUGCCACCGACUGACUCUAGGCUUAGACCAGAUCAACGCCACUUGGAAAACGGUGAAUAUGAGCUCGCAAAUAAAGAAAAACUAAGACUUGAGCAGUUACAAAGACAGGCAAGAAAACUGCAAGAAAGAGGAUGGCGACCGAGGUGGUUUGAAAAAGACGAAGAUGGUUGUUUCCGUUACGUGGGCGGAUAUUGGGAAACGAGAGAGAAGAAAGAUUGGAAGGGAAUUCCAGAUAUAUUUGGGCAGAAUGUUGUUCAUGUUGAAGAAGAAGAAGAAGAAGAAAACCAAGAGUGAUGUUUCAAGGUAUUCAAACCGACUAUAUUGAGUGAGGGUAUCAAGUAUAUAAUUCCUUCAAAAAGCCUAUAAAUAAAACGUGAUCAUGUUGUUUGAAACCGUUUGAUGUCAUAUGUUUUCUUAACGAUUUUGAUUCCCCCAUCGAUUGUAUGAUUGCAUCAAUGAAUACAAGAUCUUAGAUUCUUGAUCGUUC